AUGGGGCUGCUGAUGAAAAUGGUUUUUUAUCCGACUUUGCUGUACAACGUGAUCCGCAAUCGCAUAAGUAGCAGUGAUUGGCCAUGGUACUGCCGAAUCGACGAGACCGUUGUUCUCGGAGCAGUACCGUUCAAGUCUAUGGUUGACAAGCUAAUAAAGGAAGAGAAUAUCGGCGCUGUGGUAAGCGUAAAUGAACCACAUGAGAUCUGUAAUCGUUGGGUGGCCGGAAAAGAAGAUUGGAAUGCUCGUGGUGUUGAGCAUUUUUGGCUCUGUGUUCCGGACUUCUUCGGCUCUCCGCCGGUUGAUGACCUGCACUCAGCCGUGAAAUUCAUGAAUCACGCUCAGAAGUCAGGCAAGUCGGUGUACGUGCACUGCAAGGCCGGCAGGACAAGAAGCGUCACAUUAGCUAUGUGUUAUCUGAUGCAGAAGCACCAGUGGUACAGUCCUGCAGCAUACACGGCAGUGAAAGCAAAAAGGCCGAGAAUUAUUCUCUACCACCAACAAUGGCGAACUAUCGAGGAGUAUGGUAAACAGUACGUCUGGGGAGCAGAUCGAACCAGCUGUACCUGA